CGACGAUAUGGUCAAGUACGGCUUGAACACUGUCCGUAUCCCACUGGGCUAUUGGAUCGACGAGAGCCUGGUAUACAGCGACAGCGAGCACUUCCCCCAAGGCGGCCUUGCGUAUCUUGACAAAGUCGUUGGUUGGGCCGCGGCUAAGGGCAUUUAUGUUAUUCUUGAUCUGCAUGCGGCACCUGGAGCCCAAGUGGCGCAACAGCCAUUCACUGGACAGUACGCUUCCACUCCUGGCUUCUACCAAGACUACCAAUACGACCGAGCCUACCAGUUCCUCCAGUUCAUAACCAACCGUGUUCACACGAACAGCGCCUACAGCACAGUCGGCAUGCUCGAAGUCCUCAACGAGCCUAUCAGCGGCCAGUCCUCGCUCAUCAACACCUAUUACCCUACCGCACUCUCUAAGAUCCGCGAGAUCGAAUCCGGGCUUGGCAUAACCGACAACAACAAGAAACUCCAUGUCCAGUUCAUGAACAAGCUCUGGGGCUCCGGAGACCCAAAGAGCGGCCUCAAGGACCUCACCAACACGGCUUUCGACAACCACCGCUACCUCAAAUGGGAUACCUCCGUUCAAGUCUCUCAGGCUGGAUACAUCGCCGCCUCGUGUGCCGACAAGGUCGCAUCGGAUGGCGAUACGCCGCUCAUCGUCGGCGAGUGGAGCAUCAGUCCCGCCGAUUCGGUAGAGGAGUCAUCAGCCUUCGAGGUCUCGAGCGGUGCCAACAGCAACUUCUAUACCAAGUGGUGGGCCGCGCAGGUCAUUGCCUACGAGAAGCAGCAGGGCUGGGUCUUCUGGGCCUGGAAGUCGCAGCUUGGCGACUAUCGCUGGAGCUACAAGGACGCGGUCGAGAAUGGCAUUAUUCCCAAGGACCCGGGUCAGGCCUAUAACCAGGGCGUUUGCUAGGCGGAUGACUAGCUGGGUGGGGGAUAGUGGCGGUGGCGAUGAUGAUGGAGGAGUUCGACUCUUUUCACUCUUCACUCUCUAUUCUUUGUGUCAUAUUCACUUUGGCCUUGCUCAUAACGGCUCAUAACGCUGAGCGUUUACCCCUACCAAGUGGCAGGUGGUAUUCAUUUCCUAUACAUGCUCUUAUUGCUUUGAUUUGUACAUAGCAUGGUUCUCUUACUGAGAUGAGGGAUGAAUAUCAUGCGCAUGAAUGCAUUCAUAGCCACUAUUACGUGGCUCUAUUAUAGGCGAUUCUGGAGAAG